UUCCCAUAUUUCGCAGUUGGAGCAGAUCCAGUCCGGAGUAUCACACUCGAGCUUCUGCACGGUCGCUCCCAAUUGCUGCUUCAACCCGGAGGCCAGACACAGCUGCUCAGCUGCUGACGGGUGAUGCGUUCACUUACUGUACGCGUCUCUCUCUGGUGCUUCUCCCGCCACUUGUCAGUCGCCAUCCCCGCCCCUUCGCCCCGCCCCCUUCCCUGGCUCGCACACAAACAGCAGCAGAGAGAGUAAAUAGAGAAAGCCCCAAGAUGGCGGAGUCAGUGAGCUUCAUCCACUUCCCAGCUACCGACAAAAGCCAGUUGCAAAAACCGAAGGACUCCAAAGGAAGUACACCAGAUGGCAAGUCGCGGUCUUCCCGAGAUCAUCAUCAUCCUCCGCCGCCAAAGAAAGUCAGAAGCGAUGAGAAGAGCUUUAAGCCCAGAAAACUCAAUGGGGAUGGAGGGCGUGAUGGAGGAGGCGGAGGCGCAGAGCAGAAGCUUCUGUCGAAACAGAGUUAUGGCAGCGCAACAACCUGGAGCUUUGGCGGGAUAAAGACGAGUGGUUCACCGGCACCAACACCCGCCGGAUUGCUGCCCCGAGUGCUCCCUGUUAGUGCCUGCACGUUGGAGGCCGCUGGUAGCAAGGUGAAGAAGCCCCGAGAGAAGCAGGAUAAGGAUCGGGAAAAGAAGAAACACAAGCCUGUUCCGGAUAAUGUUAGUCUAACAGAGAUCAAGAAAGAAAACGGCGAGUUGAAGUUGCAACAGAAAGGUGAAAACAGUAAGGAGGAGAGGGAUAAAAAGAAGGAUAAGAAAAAACACAAACUGAUGAAUGAAAUCAAAAGAGAGAAUGGAGAGGUUAAGCUGUUGCCUAAAGGAGACAAGGAAAAACCCAAAUUUAACACAGAAGAACUUCAAAUAAAAAAGGUAAAGAAGAAAAAGAAAAAGAAACAUAAAGAGGGUGAUAAAAGAAAACGACCAAAAAUGUUGAGCCGAUCAAGCCAAACAGCUUGCUCAGGUCUAGUUUCAGAAGUUUUGAGCAAAGUUGAGGACUAUAGUAGCAAAGCACUAAGCCUGCACUUGCUGCAGGGCUCAGGUGUGGAAGAUAUCAGCAGCCCUCCUGAUGUCAAACCCCUAGAAAGCGGCAGCGAGUCUCCCUUUGUCUCUCUUAAAGAACCCAGAGUGCAAAGCCAGUUACCAGGAUUAGACAACUUGGAAUUCCGAAGGCUUAUUCAUGUGGAACGGCAGCCUAAUGGAGGAGCUUUGGUGGCACAUGCCUACAUGCAGGAGCUCUCUAGACUGUCUCCUGUGGAGAUAGAGAGAUUUGCUGAUGAGUUUGUGACUCUGACAUUCAGUGAAGAUGAGAAUGAAGCAGCCUAUUAUGUCAUGGGCAUAAUUCAUGGGGCAGCUGUGUAUCUCCCAGAUUUUCUGGAAUAUUUUUCAUUUAAUUUCCCAAACUCCCCUGUGAAAAUGGAGAUAUUAGGAAAGAAGGAUAUUGAGACGACAACCAUGUCGAACUUCCAUGCUCAGGUGAAAAGAACCUUCUCCCAUGGUACUUACCGAGCUGGUGCAAUGAGACAAAUUAGUCUGGUGGGAGCUGUUGAUGAAGAAGUGGGUGAUUACUUCCCGGAAUUCCUCAGCAUGUUGGAGGAAUCACCAUUUCUAAAAAGAACAUUGCCGUGGGGCACGUUUUCUAGUCUUAAACUGAAAAGCCCUACAGAAAGUGAUGACGGACCUAUAAUGUGGGUACGACCAGGAGAGCAGAUGAUUCCUGUAGCUGACAUGCCAAAGUCACCUUUCAAGCGGAAAAGGACUACCAAUGAAAUUAAAAACCUUCAGUACCUACCUCGUGCCAGUGAACCUCGCGAGAUGCUUUUUGAAGAUCGAACUAGAGUACAUGCAGACCAUAUAGGCCAGGGCUUCGAGCGCAAAACUACAGCAGCUGUGGGGGUUCUGAAAGCUGUACACUGUGGAGACUGUCCUGAUCCACCUAGAAUAACCAAAGAUGUUGUGUGCUUUCAUGCUGGAGAUUUUUUAGAAGUAGUACAGAGGCUACAGUUGGAUCUGCACGAACCUCCCCUCUCACAGUGUGUCCAGUGGGUUGAUGAUGCAAAGCUCAACCAGCUUCGAAGGGAAGGCAUUCGCUAUGCGAGGAUUCAGCUUUAUGAUAAUGACAUUUAUUUCAUACCUCGCAAUGUUGCACACCAGUUUAAAACCGUUUCUUCAGUCUGCAGCUUAGCUUGGCACAUCCGCUUGAAACAGUACCACCCCGAGGCUGAAGCAUCCCGUAACUCUGAGGAAUCUGUGGAAAGGACAGAAAUAAAGGCACCGAUGGAGCACACCCACAUCAAACUUGAGGACUGUGGUGCAGAGAUGCAAAUUUCUUCUGAUAUGAAUCCUGAAGGAGAAAAUAACAAAUUGAAGGAGUUGGAGCCUCCUCUGAUAAAACUGGAAACUACGGAGAUGCCUUUGGAAAGAGACGCAAUACCUACAAAAGGCAAGCUGCCAGAGCAUAAAUUGAAUGUUCAUCACUCAGAAUCUCUAAGCACUCCAGCAAUGUCUGAAUGCAGUGAACUAGCCAAGACGCUAAAAGAAAUGAAUCCUCCCACAUCAUUGGUGAGGAUUGGUGCACCUAAAGAACAAAUAGACUCCCAUUCUCUUGUCACUCCAGAAGACACAAGGACACCCACUUCAAUACAGCACCACCUGCAUGAGCUACAUAAAGACUUUUUAUACUAAAUUGUAUAUAUUAUUUUUUGUUGUUUUUGUUUUGUUUUUACAAUCUUAAACCGUGUGAUGUACUAUUUGAAUUAUGUAAGCUCUGUGGGGCAAGCUUGCAUCUUGCUCACUCUGUUACUGAAUGAAUACAUAGCAAAUGUAGCUUGUAACAUUCCUCAGUGCCUGUCCGUAACUGUGAAAUAUUAAAGCACUUAGGGCCAGAAGCACUGUUACACUGCAGGAUUUAAAGAAACAGGUCCGUAAAUAAUAUAUUUUUAAGUUGUAGGUUUUAGAUGUAUUAGAGCUGACAUGAACAUAUAUAUUUUUUGUAAGACAAACCAGAAUUCUUUUAAUGACUCCGGGCUUUUCCAUAGAGCUUAUUUAUAUCGAGUUUUUCCAUUUUAAAUGUGUCAGCACUGUAGUGUAAAUAACUUUUUUUAAAAUUGUAGUGUGAUUUAUACCUAAAUAAGGACCUCCUAAUAAAGGUUCUGAAUAAUGGAAUGUUGUUGUUUAAACAAGGGCUACAUUAAAUGGUUGAAUGGAAUAGGAUUGUGGGAAACAUGAAGGCUGUGGCUUCCAGGUGUUUACCGGCCUGUGAAUUGGAGAACAUCGUGUAUGGACAACUAAAGGAUUCAGUGCUGGAUGGCAUGAAUGUGUAGACGCUGAUGUCACCAUAAAAUCAGCAUUUAGCUUUUUUGAUUUCUGCAGUUUGGCAAUAUCGAUAGUGAUGAUGAAAAAAUUGUGUAACUCUAAGGGGAACUUUAUUGAUGUUAUGAUAACACAAAAAAAAAAAAAAUCUGAUUUGUAUUCCCUGCUCUCUGGUGUAACCCGUCAUUUUAUUGUGCCAAGCUGUUUGCAGAUGUGAUUGAAUGUAUUUACUUUACCAGUGUGUAUAUGCCUAUUUACAGAAAGGAUGAGCAACAAGAUUAUGGUAAGGAAUAUUUCUGAAGAGCUGCAGAGUAGAGCACUAUAGUAACAUUGGCAGUACCAAUAAAUCAAGAGUUGCUCUCCUCGUGUAUUCAGCAUAAUUUGUAAAUUAAUGUGAUAUAAUGUGGCAGUUGUUUUUAAGUCUUUGGAACUGAGGAAUUCUUAAAUCACAUUGCUUAAUAUUUGCUUGGCAGCUGUUUUCUUCUUUAUCAGAUGAAAUUGCUUAGGUUCAAACAAAGGAUUUUUGUUUUCCAGCACUUAAUGUGGCCCUGCUCUGAUCAUUUCAACAUUCCACUGGUUUCUUUCAAGUUUUUAUUUUUUUUUAGCAGGAAAUAACUUUAGAAACCACAUGUGAAGCAUCCUAAAUUAAGGCCAGAACAAUUUUAAUGCUUCCUGGUAGUGUGUGUAUCUGAUAGAUAGAUAGAUUUAGUAGUUUAAAAGAAACUAGGAGUUAGGAGUUUAUCUUAGAAGUUCACUUGUUUUUGUUAUGCUCUUGAAAUGCUCAUGCUGCAGUACAUUUGUACUCCCCAACAAUUGUACCCUUCUCUCUGCCAUACUAAUGUGUUGUUUCUUUGUGAAUGAAGAGAUCAAGGGUUUUUGUCACUCUCCUUAUCACAGCUUUUCUCCGCUAUCUUGUUCCGUAUAAUAUGUAGAUGGGAUUUUCACUAGGAAAAAGAAUGCACUGAUCAUGUAUUCAGAAAUUCAUCUGGAAUAUUAUUAAAUACCACAACCCUGCACUGGAUAAGCGGGUUACAAAAAUGGAUGGAUGUUUUUAUUGAUAAUAAUUAGAUUUUUCUAAAUCUCUGUUGUACAUUUGUACUUAAGCCUACAGCCUACUAGCAUGAUGUGCUAUGAGGAAUUUAUAAACACGAACUGAAAAACUGCUUUUCAGAUACUCAGUAAUAUUCACCUCCUACCUCCCUUACAUAAUUUUGAAUUAUAAUGGUUUCUACUUGUUUAUUGCCAGCUCACAUAUGUGAUUAUCACAAUCAUAACUGUUAUUGUCAGUUUACAGCCAUGAUGAAAUAUUACAGUUGCUGCCUUUUCUCCCCUAAAAGAUACAGCACUAACAACAUGUCCAUAUCAAUAUAACAGCUUUGAUUUUGAUUCAGCUUUUUCAGUACAGGUUUAACCUGUGUUGUUUCUAAAAUCAAAAUUUGCCUCAUUGGUCACAGCAAAAGUUACUUCAUUGAUGUGCCAUGCAUUUGAAGGUCCAUGUAGCUGAGGCUAUAAAAUGCCUUUGUUACCGUGUCGUUACCAUUGUGGUUUGUUUGAUGUGUUUACUUUUUUUAAUGUUAGAUUAAGUUCCACCAUUGUGAUUUUAUUAAUAGUCUUGUUAUUUUUAGGGCUUUCCCCAGCUCUUGGGUAAAUGCAGUAGCCAUUACUUUUAGGACAUGCUUACGCUCAUUACUUCAUUAAUGUGUCAGCCCAGAGUUUAUUUCUCCGUAAAGGCAAAAUAUUUGGGAGUUUUUUGUUUCAGUGAAAUCUUUUCAUUUUUAAUGACAUAAAUAAAUGCUUUCAAAUGUACAAUUCCACAAACAACUGCAAGUCUAAUUAUAACCAAUGUUGAAAGCAUGCCAAUCAUUGCUGCAUAGGAAAUGAGAAAAGAGAAAAGUGUGUAUAAGGCUGAAAUAUAAGUAGAAGGAAUGUAACAAAAAGUCUAAAUUACUAAACGUUAUGUUUUAGCUUAAGUUAUAGCUUUCUGAGGAAAGUAAAAUUAAAUGCGUAUAAUCUUCAGAGGUUAUCUGGUAACUAGGUAUUAUAACAGUUUUAGCAAAUGCUUGUUUUAUGGACUAUAUUUAAAUUAUAAUUCACAAAUAAAUAGUGCGUGAAAACAA